UAUCCUUACGGUAAAGUUAUCGUAGUUCGGUCGCUCUCUUGUUUGGUGUGAAAAAAAUCAACUUUGUGCAAAAGAAAUUUGUGAAAAAAAAAAUAAAUUCCUUUAACAAUGGCAGCUAAUACAAUUCUUUUCGAUUUUUCUGUUGAUCCGGCUAAAACCAAAGAUCCCAACGAGCGUCAGGAGAUAUCGAAAAUAAUUCGUUCCGAAUUGGAGCACAUCUUCCCUCAACUCGAAUUUGUCCACCACAUGCCGACCGACGAUGGCUAUUUCUGUGUGCUCUCAGAAAAUAUGCAAACCAUUAUUACUUUCCGCAUUUUUAGUCAAGGAUUGAUAACAAUUAAUGUGGAAUAUUAUUUGGAAGAGGGCAAGGAGCAACUUUUGUCAUUUGAUACCAUCAGAGCUAUGGAACUUAUUUUGCGAAAAAAACUAGAUUCAAUGCGUUCGAAGUAUUUACCGCCGGUUAAGCGUGGUGGAUAUAUAGAUAUUUACAUGACUAGUUCAGAUGAACGCAUCAUCGAGUAUGAUAUUGAUUCUUUGGUGUACGAGGAACGUUCACCAUUUCAAAAAAUUCAAAUUCUACACUCGAAGACUUUGGGCAAUAUGUUGAUUUUGGACGAAUUGCAAAAUAUUGCUGAAUCUGACUUAAUUUAUACUGAAACUCUGAUGUGCCGUGGUACUGAAAACUAUGAAGGCAAAGAAAUUUGCAUCUUGGGUGGUGGAGAUGGUGCUCUUCUCUACGAACUACUCAAAGAAAAACCAAAACAUGUUGUUAUGUUAGAAAUUGACGAACUUGUCAUGCAGGCAUGCAACAAGUAUCUCAAUUCGAUUUGUGGUGAUGUCCUUGAGAAGCGAAAGGGCGACAAUUAUGAAAUUGUUGUUGGCGAUUGUGUUGACUAUAUGAAACGUUUUAUUGCCGAAGGCAAAAAAUUCGAUUAUGUGUUUGGCGAUCUCACAGACAUUCCAAUAUCGGAUACACCAAUUGGUGAGUGCUGGGACUUUAUACGCACAAUUCUCGAACACUCGUUUAAGAUUUUGAAGCCCGAUGGAAAGUAUCUGACUCAUGGCAAUGGAACUAGUUGCUUGGAAUCUUUGAAACUAUUUGAAGAUCAGUUGAAAUUACUCAAACCGGCUGUUAAGUAUACAACUUCCAAGGCAUUUGUGCCGUCAUUUAUGGAAGAAUGGCUCUUCUAUCAGGUUACUUUCGCUUGACCAGUUAAACGUAAUCACAAUUAUUUAAAUGAAAGCAGCAGCUAUAGCAGUAGUCCAAAUAAAGACUCUAAGCGAAUAAGAUGACGACGCCGACGACAACAAUUAUUAGAAAACUCCAAACCAAAAUCAGCACAAUUUCACCAUCUCCGUAAUAUAAUUUACGGAAAAUAUUUUAUUUUGUAGUUGUAGUUACAUUAAAUAAUUAUUAUUAUUAUUAUUUAAUCCUUAACAAACUUCCGCCGACUUUAUUUGUUAAAGUCGUUGCCUCGAAAGCAUUUAAUUUUUAAUUAAAAACAAAAAGUUAUGUUGGUGGGCUUAUCCCCGCCAGCUUUAGAAAGGGAAAAAAAGAAACCAAAUGAUGAAGAAAAAAAAAAGAUUCCUGAUUUAUUUAUAGUUUAAAAAAAAAAAGUUAUAUUUUGUUGUGUGUGACCGCCAAAGAGGCUAAAUUGCCGAACUUAUGUAAUUUAUUAGUACAAGUUAGAAGUAAUAGUUUUGUUGUUUUUUUUUUAUAUAAUUUAACUAAACCACAUUUAUGUAUUUUGUUUUUCUGAUUUUUUUUUAGUUCCAAGUUAUAUUUGAAAUGAAUUUUUAUUUUAACCAUUUAUUGUUCCUCUUAGAUUUAUGAAUUAAUAUUAAACACAUGUGUCAUAAUAUAUUAUAUAUUUAAUUAUAUAAGUUUAAAAUCAAGAUUACAAAUUGCAAAUAAACCAACCUUUGGACCUGUCGUAAGCGUCAUAUAUGCUAA